AUGAGUUCGAAUCCCGAACGUCCAAAAUAUCAUAUAGCGCUUAGUCCGGAUGGACAAAAUAUUGCUACAUUUAAUACAGUGACCUUGGAGUUGAAUGUAUGUUAUACACGGAAUUUAGAAUCUAUAAAAACGAUAAAAUUCAAAGGAUUUAACAAUGUAAACCCAUCGAAUCCUCGGCUAUCUUGGUCAUUGACUAUUUCCAAUUCUAUAAACGUUGGUACUCGUUUUGACACAUUAAUCGGUAUUUCGUGUUUCGAACAAAAUAAUAAUCGGAAAUACUAUGCAAAAGAAUCAACUUCUCGUGGAACUCUGGAAGAUUCUUCAUUGGAUAAUGUAGAACAAGGUCGUUCACUCAUAUCCAAAGUGAUUCCACGUACUUGGGUUCUUUCAAUGUUGUAUCAGGAUAGAUUAAUAACUUCAUUGGAUGAAAUUGGUGGAGUCAUACGGUUUCUUCCUAAUCCUCAAUCUCAAGCAAGUGAUUAUUUAGACUUGGUGAUAAUUCACGAGGAGGGAAUCUCAAAAAUCACGAUCGAAAACAAUUACGUAACUAGAUCCGGAUACUUUGAUCAAAAUAAAUCAAACAAACCUUCAGAAGAUUUCUUAUUUCCAACUGUUGUUUCUAACCAGAUUGAUGCUAUUAAAGAUAUUGGUGAUCCUAAACCAAAGUUACAAUUAUUUCAUCGGAGUAUAGAAAAAAAUUAUUUUAUAGUAGAAAAUUAUAAAAUAGAUUUGGUGGAAAUGUAUGAUCUAAAAACUAGUAAACUCCAUAAAACUUUUCAUGCACGAAAAGAAGCUCAUUCGAUUGCAAAUGGAUAUUCAAUUGUUGAAGUUUCGAAAAAUGACGUGUUAAUGGCUUAUUGUCGGGGUACUAAUAGUAUAACGAUAUAUUUGAUGGAAAACACAUUGGAAAUUGUAACAAAAAUAUUUCCAAAUCUUUAUAGAAUAAACUCAAUAGAUUUCAUUCAUAAUGACGAAAAAUUACUUUUAGUUGGUGAAGAAGAGAAGAAUAGUGGAUCAUCGGAAUUGAUUACAGUUAUUGUGAUUUGGGAUUUAUUUAGUACAAAGGAUAAUGCUAUUAGAACUUUUUAUGAUACUGAAAAUUUAAUCCCGGCAAGAUUUCAAGAAUCUUAUCAUAAAUUUUCCAGCGCUAGUGGAAUUAUUGUUUGUGUUAAUGAAGAUAAUGGAAAUGUAAUGUCAAUAGUUGAUCAUCCCUCUCUAAAAGAUACUUUGAAUCCACCUCCGAUUUCGUCGUCAAAACUUACUCAAUUGAAUUUUCUGGAAGCUCGAGAACAAACAGAUCAAAUUUAUCAUCUAAUUUUUACUCAAAAUGGAAAAUUCCUUGAUGCAAAACAGGAACCAAGACAUGUGAUUGUUGUACAUGGUACAGAGCCUUGGGUUCGCUAUAAGCAAUAUCCUCGUUUAUCAGCUUAUCUUAAUAAAGAUAAGAAUCAUCAAGUAAUUAUUGGACUAACAACAAUACAAGUAUGGAGGAGAGAAAAUAAUGGUUCAAAUAAGAGAAGUUUAGAGUACAUCUGGACAAGUCCUGAUAAUAUGACAUUUGAAAUUCAAAGUCUUUCAAUUGGUAAUGGGGAAUUUUUCAUAGAUUUAUCGUAUCAAGAUACAGGUGAACAUGACCAAAUUCAUUGGCCUCAUAUGUGUCACACUUUGAGAGAUGCGUGUAGCGCCCUUGAAUAUCUUUAUUAUAGACGAAAUGAACCAGAAUCAAUCAAGAAAAAGCGUAUGUUUAAUAUGAUAGUUAAUCAAACAAGUGAUAUUUUAAAGAGAAUCAUAACAACAAACCCAGAUCUUUGGAGUUUAACCGAUGCUAGAUACGAAAUAAUGCAAUCUUUGAUUCGUGGAAGAUGUGUUUCUUUGAUUAAAAGAAUUUUAUCCGAAAGUUUUCAAGGAACUAAUUCAAAAAUGGGAAAAAAUUUGCAUUUUCCUAGACUACAUGAAUGGCCUUUGGUACCAAAAAAAAAUUAUUAUGUAAAAGAAUUAUUUCAUAAACCAUGUUUUGGCGCAAAAGAAAUACAUCUCGACAUGUCUUUUAUAAAUCCCCAAGAUUUGCUUGAAGCACAUUAUAAAUCUAUUUAUGCUUUAGGUAUCUACCCGGCUCUUUUACGUAAAUCGAAAAUGAUGGAUCCGGCAAAACUUAAAAAAAAUUUAUCACAUAUCCAAAGAAUUUCGAGUUUAAAAGGCAUGUUAUCGUUCCAAGAAAUUGCUAGAGAAGCGGAAGAAACAAUCAUAGAUAAAAAACUUGGAUUUUAUGAUAUUAUUAAACGUGGUCAAUCAUCCUUGUUAACUAAUUUACUUGUUGUACCGCUUCCAGAUCAUAACAAAGUUCCUUUCAUAUUACGAUUUCUAAAAGUAUUAAUUUGGCCACGUGGAUAUGCCAUCACUGAAGACACAAAUUGUAGUCCAUUCCUUCGAGCAAUUCGUCGUGAUAAUAGUGAUGAGUUAUUUAGUAAUCCUGCGAUAGCAGCGAUAAUCGAUUAUAAAUGGUCAACAGCUCGUAGCCAUUUUUUACGUCACGCUUUUAUUUAUAUUGUUUUCGCUAUCUUAUUCGCGUUCCUUACUGGAUUGACAGAUGAUGGAUUGAAUUUAGAACCUUUUAUGGAUAAGAAUUUAUAUUUAGGUUUACUGUUUCUAUAUUAUUAUUUGGGAUAUUAUUUAAUAGUUAUUGAGAUUUCGCAAAUGAAACGCGAAGGAUUCCUUAGAUAUAUUAGUAUGUACAACUUACUUGACUUGGCGUCUUGCCUUCUACCAAUGGGUCUGGUUGUUACGUCGAAUAUAUAUGUGAUGUUUGAAUCUACUGAUUCACUUCCCAAAAGACAGUAUAGCAUUGCUUUGGCGUUUACCGCUCUUAUUAUGUGGGGACAAUCGCUUUUGUUGUUGCGAUAUUUUAAACGUCCAGCAACUUAUAUUUAUAUUAUAAUGAAUAUCUUGCAAAAAAUUUGGCCAUUCUUAGCAUUCAUGUUAAUAGUUAUUUUUGGUAUAGGUCAUGCAAUGUACCUGCUUUUACGAAAUCCACCUCAAAUAGAUCUAGUUGCUAGCGGACAAAAUUAUUUAAUUUUAAAUGCUACAGAUCCAAACUCGCCAAAUUUAUUUCCUGAUGUUAUUGUCUCACAAACAUCCGAUCCAUUUAAUAUUAAUGAUAAUUACUUUUCGAAUAUUUGGAAAUCAAUUGAAAGUGUUUUCUUUUGGAUUAAUGGUAGAUGGGAUCAACUUAAUCAAUGGAAUUUUAUACCUAUUGACAUAGUAACUCUUCUUGCUAGUAUUUUACUUACCACAAUCAUGCAAAAUAUGUUGAUUGCAUUCAUGACGGGUGCAUUUGACGAUGCUCAAUCAUCGGGUGAAGAUGCGGUUUUAAAAUAUAGGGCAGAUCUAAUCGCAGAAUAUGAAACUUUGGAAAAACUAUUUGGACCGUCACGCGAAGAUCCACGUUACAUUUAUUACGUUGGAAAAGCUGAUGAUUUAACUCAAUGGUUAUCAAAAGCAGAAGAAUAUCGUGUUCAUGAACAUAAACCUAACGGAAAAAUGAAAAAGCAUAAUAGAAAACUUUCUUUAAUAGUUGGUAGUGGAUCGGGAAGUAGUAAUAAAGAUCUUCAAGCAGUCGAAGAUAAAAUUCAACCUGGCAUUGACGAUUUACAAGAAAAGAUUAAAGGUAUGGAAUAUAAAAUUGAAAAGAUUUUAGAGCUGUUGAUAAAACAAGAGAAAUAA